AUGCAGUCCAGAAUAGUAACAAUCCUAGGUGUAAUGGCGACGAUUGUCAUUUGCGUUAUGCCAGCUCGAUUUGAAAGCGCCGCGCCAAAAUAUCCAAUUUCAAUAAAGCUCAGGUCUGCGGACGGCCUCGCUUGGACUUUCAAGCUUCCCAUCUACCAGGACCUGACGCAAAACGGUGCCGUGACUCGCGAAUCAACAAGCUAA